AUGGAGCUGUACAACGAGGAGAUGCGGGACCUGCUGCACCCGAGCACCCCGAAGCACCAGAUCGCCAUUCGCGAGACAGUGGCGGGCCACAUUCAGGUUACCGGCAUCCGCGCGGAGCCCUGUGCCAACGCCUCGGACAUGCUGCGCUGCCUGGUGGACGGCUCCGUGCACCGAACCACGGGAGCCACCAUGAUGAACGAGCAGAGCUCCAGGUCGCACUCCAUCUUCACCAUGAUCCUGGAGCAGCGCGGCCCGAGCGGCCCAAAAGCCAGCGAGCCCCACGACGCGGGCCCGUGCGAGGACGAGGCGCCGUCCUACCGCACGGCCAAGUUCCACCUCGUCGACCUGGCGGGGUCCGAGCGGCUGAAGCGCACCGGCGCCGUCGGGAGCCGCUUCCGGGAGAGCGUCGCGAUUAACGCCGGCCUCCUCGCGCUCGGGAACGUCAUCUCCGCGCUCGGAGACCCCGCUAAGAGGGGCAGCCACGUGCCCUACCGGGACUCGAAGCUGACGCGCCUGCUCCAGGACAGCCUGGGGGGCAACUCGAGAACCUGGAUGAUCGCGUGCGCGAGCUGCGCCGACGCAGACUUUGAGGAGACGCUGAACACGCUGAAGUAUGCGAACCGCGCCAGCUUCUCUGGUCCAGAGUCGAUGGAUGGGGUCGCCAUCCCUGGUGGGGCGGCCGCGCUGCCGGCCUGGGUGGUGCUGGCGCUGGAGGCGGAGGCGUGCCCGGCGGCGUCGUCGGGCGAGAAGGCGGCUGAGAAGCUCGUUGGAGCGCUGCUCGGAGGCAUGGCGGCGCUCGUGGGGUGGCUCCGCGGCGUCGUGGGGCGGGAGUGGUGGACUAGAGCGCUCCCAGCGGAGCGCGGGGUCUGCCGAAUCGCCGACGACGACGUCGACCACGAGCGGGUGCUGCUGCAUGACGUGGCGGAGGGCGAACGGGUCAUCCUGUCCCCAGAGGGUGGCAUCUACGCGGAGGACAUGAGCUGUGGUAGCGCCGAGACCGGGCCUGCCCGAUCCUUCCUGCUGGCGCUGCAGAUGAGCAGGAUGCGGAGGCUGUGUCGCUUCGAAGAGGCGCUGGGGCCCGAGAAGCGGGCCGAUGCGUUGACGCGGGGCCGUCAGGCGGCGCUGGAUGUAGAGGCGGCGUUGCCUGAGCCGAGGGAGGCCGGGGCCGUGAGCGGCCAGCGGGUCUCGCGGCAGGAGGCCGCUGGCAAGCUGUUGGCCGCGGAACGGGGCUGCCUGCUGCGCCUGGGCGUGGCCGUGGCUCUCCUGGGCGGGACGCUGCUGGAGGCUCCUGCUGUGGGUCAUGCUUGGGUCGGCCGCAGCGGCGGGCCCGGGGUCGCGAUCGGGGCGGAGGUCGGCGUGGCGAAGACCGAAGGCCUGAGCUUCGAGGACGGGCCCGAGCCGAUCGGUGUGCUGAGGGCCGCCGACGGUGGCACGGGGCGAUUCGGCCGGCUGGGCGCGGGUGGGUCCCUGGGCGCCUGGCCGAAGAGAGAUGAGGAGCCCGCCGAGCCCAUGGGCGGCACGGCUACGCCCGGGCUGGCGCCGCCGCCCCUGGCGGAGCCGCUUGGCGAGCAGUGUGACGCCCUCGCCCGCACGCUCGGGGGCGACUACGACGAGCAGGGCGGACGGAUCAGACGAUGGCGGGAGGUGGUGGGCGAGUCGAGGCAGGGGCGCCGCCCAGGCGCACAGGUGGGCGGACCGCCUGGGGCUCUCCACAAGUGCAAGUACAUGGGGAGGCACGGUGGCGACCCGCGCCUCUGGGCCGACCUCGCCAUACGCGUGAGGGGCCUUGGGCAGAAUGACUGCGUGGUGCACAAGCUGAGGACGAUCGUGGAGGCCUUGAACCAGGGCUUGUUAUGUGACCAGCUGAACAUGAGCGGUUUUAUGAUGGUGGAGGAGAUGACUCGCCGCGUGACCGCCAUGGUGGAAGCCUGCGCAGACCCGCCCAAGCCGAGCUGGAGGAACGCGCGCAUCUUCGCGGACGUGAGCUCGGAUAAGGACGUCUCGGGGCCAGAGCUCAGGGGCUACAUCCACCGGCGGGCGAAGAAGCCGCACGAGGUGGAGCAGGCGCAGAGUCGGGCGUGUACGCUACGCGGGGCGCCUACAGGGACCGUCGGCGGAGCAGAAGCCCGCAGCUUCCUGCCGCUCCCGCUGCUGGGCGACGCUGGCCGCCGAAUUCGCGGCAGGUCUGGCAGAGCGAGGCAGUUCGGUCGUGAGAAUCGGAUUGCGCUGGAGGUCAACGGUAUCGUCGAUGCCGUUAACUGGAUGUCGGGGUGCAACUCGCUUCCUGGCCCAGCCAAUGACAUGCAGCGGGAUGUACUUGCGCGCUUCGAGGGCCUCGUUCGGGGCCGGCAGCCGGACGCCAAGUUGCAGGAGCCGCAGGCGGCCCUCCGGGAGCUGCUGCGGGGCCGCUCGCCGUAUGACGGGCGCAGCGGCCCGACGACGGUCGCCUCCUACAGUGCAGGUCUCGUCAGCAUGCCGACGGACGUGAGCGACUGCCCGCGUCUUGAGGGCCUCUUGCCUGGCGAGGCCCUUACCUUCCUGCAGGAGCGCCAAGAGCGCAUGUUGCGAGAAUCACCCUUGCCGACCGACGUCGAGCCAUACUUCGACUCGGUCCUCAAGUUCAACCACAAGGAGUACCGCGGCCUGGUGCGCCGGCUGCUGUCGGCUGGCAUUCUGGGGUGGACUCUAACACCGAAAGAGAGAAUUGGGAUGUUCUUUGUGUGGAAGGAUGGGCGGCGCCGACUUCGCCUCAUAGUCGACGCCCGCCGUGCGAACGCCCACUUCAGGGAUCCUCCUGGGGUGGAGCUUUUGAGCAGCGAGGGCCUCGCCAGAAUCGAGGUGCACAUGCCAGACACGGGCUUCUCAAGUUACGAGGACCUCCGCGCCGCGCUGGAGGCGCAGCAGGUGUACAUCGGCAUGGCGGACGUGAAGGACUGCUUUCAUCGGAUGCGUAUUGAUUCGGCCCUCUCGCAAUACUUCUGCCUGCCGCCGGUCAAGGUUGGGGCUUUCGGCGUGGCCGAAGUCGAGGGGGCCAAGGUGCAGACGUCGACGGCCAUCUACCCUUGCUGGCAGGUCCUGCCCAUGGGCUUCAGCUGGUCCCUCUACUUCGCCCAGCGGGCCAACGAGGAGGUGAGCCGCCGCAGCAGCGCGCUCCUCUGGGGGCCCAGUCUUUCGGACCAUGGGCCACCGCUCGUGUUCGCGCCUGGCAGGGCGUCCCAGGAGGUCAGGCACUACGUGUGCGUUGACAACUUGGGGGUCUUCUCGCUAUUCUCUGAGCUCGUGAGCGGCGUGAUGAACCAGCUGACAGGCGAGUUCACCGAUCUGAACCUACUGUUGCACAAGGACGAGCUGGUGCCGGGCAAGGCAGUAGCGCUGGACACGGAGAUCGACGGGGGCCAGUUGCGCACUCGUGUGACCAGUGAUCGGUUCUGGCGCUGCCGCCAGGCCGUGCGAGGCCUCCUAGCCCGCCGCCGUGUCAAGGGGUGGGCCGUGGAGGCAGUGCUGGGCCACCUAACCUUCUGUGGCCUCUGCUCGCGCGGCACCUUGUCGGCCUUCAAUUCAGUUUACGGCUUUGUGCGAGCCCACUACGACGAGGCGGCCGUGCUGUGGACCGAGGCGCGGCGAGAGCUGGCCGCCUUCAGCUCCCUGAUGUACUUCCUGGAGUCAGAUUGGUGGCUGCCUUGGAAUCCGUUGGUGCAGCAGUCAGAUGCCAGUCUUCACGGCUACGGACUGGCAAGGGCUUUCUGGCCGCGGGAGCUGGUGGAGUCAGUCGGGCGCGUGCCUGAGCGAGCCCGCUUUCGCCGGCGCUGCGCGCGCAGUGCUCGAGAGGCUGCGCUCUGUGCAGCUGGUUUCAGCAUGAGCGAGAGUGGAAAAUGGAUACUCAAGGGCCUUCCUGAAGAUGAGGAGGAGCUGGGCCAGUGGGACGUUGUGAGGGACUUCCCGGAGGUGCCCGCCCAGGGGCUCCGCGCAGGUCUGUGGGGGCCCUGCUUCGCGAGAGCCUGGCAGCACCCUGAGGGCAUCUUGACCUUAGAGGCCCGAGCCCUGGUCAGCAGCAUACAUCGUAUCGCCACCACGGUCUUUGGGUCCCACAUACGUCAGUUGCUGCUCUGUGACAAUAUGUCGUCCACCCUUCUGGCUGAGCUGUUGGAGCUCGAGGGCUCCCAGGCGGGCCCAGGGCGGGCUCCCGCCUGGUCCGCACCUGAGCGGGCGGCCGGUGGCGCCGCGGCCCGCGAUGCUGCCUGUGCGCCCGCGGGCGCCAGACGGGCGGGGCCGCUGUCGGGGCCCCCGGCAGGCCAGACGAGGCGCGAGGCCGGGGGCGGGACGCCGGCGCACACGGCAGCUGGCGCCGUCUCGCUUGGGGCCUGGCCUGAGGCCGUCAGCCCACGGCCAGGAGGCGAGAUGCACGUGGCAGCUUCGGAGCUGCUGAAGACAGCGGUGCCUGUGCCAGCGGAGCCCGCUCAGGGAGCGCGAGAGAGCGUCGGCUCCUCUGACAGCGGGAGCUCCGAGCCCGAGGUCGUGACCGGCGCCGCGCGGCAGCGCAGGCUCGCGCAGUCGCAAGAGCGCCUUGCCCGCCACUGCGGGAUGACCACCGGCGAGGAGGGGUUCUCUUACCUGGAGCGGGGGGCCGUGGGGGCCCCGUCGCUGCGCGAGUUCCAGAGGGCCAGGGGCGGAUGGCGGGACUUUGCCCGUCGGAGCUGGCCCCCGGUGAACAUUGGCGUAGUCAUAAAGAGCAGGGGCGACUCCAUGGUAACCUCGGCGUUGGUGAGCUACCUGACCGGGCUGCACCAGGCUGGGACUCACCUCUCCUGGGCCGAGAAGUUGAUGGCUGGCGUCCUGCACUUCAACCCCGACAUGUCGAGCUACGGUGCCCGGCGCCUCCCCCAGGACUGGAGUUUCUGGACCCUGAGGCCCCCCCCGGAGGAGGAAGGCCUGCGGGAGAAAGCGGGCCUGGUGGACGUGUCGCUAGAGUUAGACUCGCCCUGGAUUCGCUUCUUGGACCAUGUGCUGCGUCAAAUGAAAAGGGAAAAACACCCCGAAUACCUGUGGAACUUCACGUGCCCAGAGUACUGCAAGAUGUUCAGCCUACGCCUCCAGGACCUGCCAGUAAGAGCCAAGUUGGUGCCGUAUCAGAUGCGCCUUUCAGGGGCCUCGGUAUACAUGGCGAGGAGGUGGGGGCGGCUGGCCGACGUGCAGAAACGCAGGCAGUGGAAGGCCAACCGCAGCGUCGUCCGCUACGAGAAGCACGCACGCCUGGCAGCCACGUGGACAACUCGGAGCUGCGCGCAGCAAAAUGUGUUCCUGGUCUGCGGGGCUCAGCUCGCGGACAUCAUUUUGGAUCGCGCCUCGCCGGUCGACUUGCGGGAGCUCGACCACGCCUGA